AUGGCCAAGUCUUCGCGCAAAAGGUCGAGAAACGACAACAGCACUGCACAGGCUGGUGCAGCCAGCAUCGACACAGAAGCACCUCAACCCAAAGCAGUGCUAGGCGAUAAUGUCAAAACUUUGCCAGGCAGUCGCAAGAAGCGUCCACCCCCGCCGCCCGCCGGCAACGAGCUCGAUCUUGAAAAGCUCAUCUUUGGCGGCUCCUCUUCUCUUCUCUCUCAGCCAUCGACGUCAAAGCGCACAACAGGUGAAGAGGCCUUAGAAGACAACGACAGCGACGAUGAGGGAAAUGAUGCAGCACAGAACCAAUUCGUAGCCGAUGGCGACCUUUUCAUGGUCGACACAGCAGGAGGCGACGAUGAUGGGCAGCUUGAGGAUCAGCAGGCCGGCCGAUCCUCUGGAUCGGAGAGCGAAGACGAUGAUGACGACGAUAUCCUUGUCGAUCGAAUCGCUACCGAUGCAGCUUCUUCGGGCCCCAGUCAAACGCACGUCAAAAAGCCAAAGCGCACAAAGCGAUGCGUAUGGACCGACCCGGACGAUGCAGCUCUCACCAUCGACCUCACACGCCGCAACAACCUCGCCGCCAACGGUUCUCGUGUGGGUGUAUCACGUCUUCGACGUCUCCGUGAAGAACUUGGCGAGAAAAAAAUCAGUGGUCUCGAGUACGAGCUCCGGCUGCGAGCCCAAUUCGAAAAGCUCCAUCCCCGUCCCGGUUGGGCCUCGUUCCGUCUUACUUCACUUGAACAGCAGCCAGAGGAGUUCGACAUCACAAGCGAAGCCGUCAUCACCAACGAAGAUGCUAGCAAGGGCAUUCACGAUCUCCUUCGCAGUGACACUGGGCUCGUUGAAGGAUACGGUUCCAGCAACAACGGCUUGGCCUCCAAAUCCAUCAAGGCGCGCGGCAAGCUCAGGGCGGGAGAGAUUGAACUCGAUCGACUUCGCAACGCCAACGACGCACAGAACGCACACGCCAUUGCGGCCGAGGAGUCGUUGCCGGGUAUCGAGAUGGUUCGGUUCCACCCAAGUCCGCGUGCCAGUGUGCUUAUGACCGCCUCGCGCGACCGUCGCGUGCGUCUCUUCCAGAUCGACGGCAAGACCAAUCCGCUGGUGCAGACCGUUCACGUGCCGGACCUGCCUAUCACACACGCGUCGUUCCACCCGUCGGGCUCGUCGGCACUCAUCUCGGGCAAACGUCCGUUCCUGUAUGCUUACGACUUGCAGGCAGGCCGUGUGGUGCGCUCGCUUCCCUGGCGAGGCGCUGGCUCGCUCCACUCUCAGUCGGCAGAGGAAGACACUGCGGAGCUCCAUCUUUCGGAUGCCAAGUUCCAGCCGCACACGGCUGAAGAAGGGAAUCGACUGCUGGCAAUUGGGGGCAGGCGCGGCGUGGUGCACUUGCUGGACUGGGGUCGAUCGGGUGCUGCUGGUGGAACGCGCAUCGGAGGUGUGCGUAUGAACUCUCCGCUUGCUGGGUUCACUUGGGAUGCUGCCUCGGUGCUGGGCGAUCGGGGUACGGGUAUUGGCGUCACUGGCACGGGCAAAGAUGUCGAGCUCUUGACCAUGUCUACGGAGGGAAGUGUGCAUUUGUGGGAUAUCAGAAAUAUGGGUCUCGAGGUCGGAUGCACAUCCAUCUGGAACGACCCUGGUUCGUUUGGCGCCAAAGGACUCGAAGUGUCGCCCAACGGCAAAUUCUGGACUGUCGGCAGCGAGGGUGGCAUUGUCAAUGUCUACAAGCGCCCGCAGGAAUCAUACAAUUUCUCGAGCGCCUCGGUCGCCUCGUCGCGGGCAGUCGACGACGCAGCGUCCGGUAAGGUUCCCGGUGGCAACAUGGACCCGGUCAAGACGAUCGAGAACCUCGUUACGACCACGACGACGAUGCGUUGGAACGGCGAUGGCCAGAUCCUUGCCAUUGCGUCCAAAGCGAAGAGGGAUGCGCUCAGACUGGUGCACUUCCCCUCCAUGCGUGUGUUUAGCAACUGGCCGACAUCGGGCACGCCGCUAGGCAGCGUGAGUGCAGUCGACUUCAGUCCGGGUAGCCAGUACGUUGCUAUUGGAAACACGAGGGGCAAAGUACUCCUUUAUUCGCUUCGACACUAUUUGUAG